AUCAAUAUUGGCUCCUCACUCAAUAUAACCACUUUGCUUUCUGAGGCCAAACGAAUACAGGGAAGUACGUUUUGCUGCAUACAACUGAUAUAUAUGCUCUAUCUUGAAGCAAAGCGGUGCUCGUAGUAAUGCCAAUGCAACAAGUCCGUUUAAGAAUCAUGACAGUGUAUUCUCUGAAUGCUUUUAUCUCCUCGUAAGUAUUAUGCAGCUGUUGUCCAGGCACUCUCCCCCCCUUCCCCCCCCCCCGGUUUAUCUUGGUCCUUUAGAGUUCUGACUAUGCUUGCAACCAAACUUCGACACGUAGCUGAAGCUGGAUUGGUUUAUUUCAAGAUGCCUAGAAAUAUGCGCUUUUUCUAGAGGCUGUCAUUCGCUAAGACGUGCGUUAUUAUGGCACAAGUAAUCCUCAUUAGAUCCUUCAAGAUCUUUCUGCCCAUCUUCUUAUAUGCCUUCCUACCUAGAUACAUAAGUACUUGCGUACUUAGUUAGGCUAGGUAGAUGGACAGGCAGUCAGUAUCGUGGCUAUUAAGGGGUUAUGUUCUGUUGGUUCUCAGCUGGUGAAUAGCAAUCUACCGGAGAUGAAAUCUACUUGAUGAACCAUAUUCCUUAAUUUGACCUUAUUAAGUAGCCGCCUCCCUGAGAGAACCCUAGGACUCUAUCAUGGAGGAGCCUUCAUCAAAGAUACGAUAUAAGAUCAUUUUGAUAGCAAUACGCCUUGGGACUUUAUCGGCUGUGUGUUUAGGCUGUUAUCCCACAAUCUCGCUACAAUCUCGAUUCAACUUCGGACGUCACAAGGUGACGUCGUGUUCCAGGUCCUCGACGCAAAGUUGUGCUUUUCACUUAAGCUUUCGAUUGGAGCGGCGUACCACCAGGAACCGCCAUCGGCAUUGAUGUAGGAUUAUUCAGGCCAAAGGCUGCUUUUUGGCUAUGCCCAUCCGAACCAACUAACCUCGUCGGGAACGAGGUUUUCGUCGACUUUCCCUGUGACUAGGAGAGCCUCUUGCUCCCAUAGUUUGAUUCAUGAAACUUAGCUUUACUCUCACUAUACCCUAGUCGAUUUUCCACUCGUCGGUUACGCUGGUCUGGGUUGGGUUAGAAUGGACCAAGAACAAGAUAUCAAAGUCGGUAUGCCUUCUUUUUAAGGGGCAAGAUGAGGCGGAUAUUAAGCGCUCGUGGUUAACCAUGUAUAAAAUAAUGUAUAAUUAUGCAAAUAUAUAAGACUUAUAGAGCUCCAAGUGUUAGGAUACUAGGAUGUAGGUAGUUAUAAGUAGUUGUAAGUAUUCAACGUCGUUGAUAAUUUUCGUUCAG